AAUUAAGUAGUCAUAGUGAAUUUACACUCAAUUCGAUGUUUUAAGAAGCAGUGGAAUUUUUUCCAUCUCAAAAUUACUGAGUAAAAACAUUUUUUUUUAAAUUUAAUAGAAAUGAGCACUCACGAACCAACUGAGGAAAAUGCCAAACAGAAAUCGGAAAAAGAAUUUUUAACGCUUGCUGAUAAGAAACCAUCACUGACUAGGUUAUCUGGAAAUGAAUCAAUGUCCGCAAGGACUGUAUCAACGCGUGAAUUGUCUGAUAACUUACAACGCACACGCGACGGAAUGAUAAAUUUAAUGCGAAAAAAACAGUUAUACGCUGACGGGCUAGGACGAGAACGUAUUAGCGAGGGCGAUGAUGAGGAGAAUUUCGAUAUGCUUAUUCGACGAAAGCGGCAAAGUAAAGAUUCAACACGAACCAGAGGAGUCGAUGGAUCUUUCGAUGAUGUAGCGAAAGCGAAAAGGACUCUCCAUCAACUGGAAGAUUUUGACUCUGAAGAGUUCGCUAACAAAGGUGAUCCGAAUAGUCAAAGUAAUUUAUUGAAUCCGAAAUUCCAAUAUGGUGGUGGCUCUACGGAAGGAAUGUUUAAAGCUAAAAACUCUCAGAAACACUAUUUGGGUUCUGACAUGAGUUCCAAUGGAUUUUCGAAGCGAUUUGGGAAAAUUUUCGACGACAACGACAAACGUUUCACGUCACAAAAUCCGAAAAAGGAUGGUCCAUUGAGCGCACGAAUCUUCAUUGAUGCGUUUUUCCCGAGUCUUGAAGGUAACAGAAUUUUCCCCGUGUUUAAUUAUCGCUGCGCCGAGAAAAUUCAAAGAGCAAACAAUAAUUUUACCGAAAGAAACAGAAAACGAUUGAACAAUCAAUUAGCACCAGUUAGCAGCUCAACGACUAUGCAGGAAGUGGAAGAUGACUCUCGUGAGACCUCGAUAGAACAACAAAAGGAAGAUCUUCAGAAGGGUGAAAAAAUUCUGAAAGUGAAAGAAUAUCAAAACAAAGAAGUGCAUAAGAAAGGAGAUGAAUCGCAAAGGACUGAAGCGAUUCGAGACCCUAAUAAGGUUGAAGAAAUGGAACAACAGGGAAAAGACGAUAAAAAGCAAAAAUUACACCAGAAUGUCGAAUCAAAGGAAGUCGUUCGAAAACAUGAUGUACAACAAGCCGAAGAAUUGCAUAAAGUUAAAGAAGUGGAGGAAACGCUGGUGUCGGAGACAAAUUGUGAUCGUAGGAAUCGUACGAACGUUGUUGAUCACUCUAUGGUUGACAACGAAGAAAAGCAGUACGAAACAGCGGAACGCGCUCAACAGACUUUGUCCCAAAAUCAAUCUAAACGAGAAGAACCAUCUGCAGCUGAAGAAGAACUUCUGCAGAAAGUAUUACGUACUUUAAUGGUGAAUGAAGAAUUAAUCGACUUUUUUUGCGAAAAAGUAAUAGCGAAAAUUGCGGCAAGAAAUGAUUUUUGUGGUCCGAAUUGUAAGGGAAUAUGUGGAGGAUUGAACGAUCCACAAAAAGCAAAUUGAACGACUCUCGAUUAAAAUGUUUAAGUUUACUGGUUUGCCGAAAUU